CACGAGCGAGCGGGCACCGAGCGAGCGAGCGAGCCAUCGAGCGCGUCCGUGGGGUGUCCGAGCGGGGCUGGCGCGGCGCCGGCGCGGAGCGGGUGUGGCGGCUCGGCCUGCGCGGCGGGCGAGGACAGCGAGGGAGUGUUGAAUCUUCUGCUCUUCGUGGAAAUCUUGGCAGUUUUGAAUAUUCCUGUUAACCUGCUUUCCAUGCCAACCUUGAUAUUUUGCUUCUUACCUUAAGCUGCUGUUCGCGCAGGAGGAUACUUUGCGGGGAAAGGUCUUGCUUGGAACCUGGGUUGCCACAAGUAAUUAACCUGCCAGUUGCACCAAACUGUAUAAUGGCAAUUGAAGGAAUUUUGAAAGAUGUCUAACGUUUAGUGGCUGCGUCUGUCUUCUGUCUUCUCACCCUUAAAAGAAGAGUAAAUGGGAUGUUUCAGAAGGGAGCUCCAUAGAAAGAGUGUUGCAAAUGGCUUCGGAGUCCACCAAUGGGAAACAAGCUAGGAGCCACGUGACAAAGGGGCGGCGGCAGCCCCCGCACCAGCCAGCGAGGAGCAGGUCUUCUGUCAGCGAGUGUGAUGGCGAGGACUCCUUCAUCUUUGAAGCCAACGAAGCAUGGAAAGACUUCCAUAGUUCUCUCCUUCGGUUCUAUGAGAAUGGGGAACUCUGCGAUGUCACGCUGAAGGUUGGCUCAAAGCUGAUCUCCUGUCACAAAUUGGUGCUAGCUUGUGUGAUUCCCUACUUCAGAGCCAUGUUUCUUUCUGAAAUGGCUGAAGCCAAGCAGGCGCUGAUUGAGAUUCGAGACUUUGAUGGUGAUGCCGUGGAAGACUUGGUGAAAUUCGUCUACUCUUCACGGCUCACUUUGACAGUAGACAACGUCCAGCCUCUCCUGUAUGCAGCCUGUAUCCUGCAGGUGGAACUGGUGGCCAGGGCUUGCUGUGAAUAUAUGAAGUUACAUUUUCAUCCCUCCAAUUGCCUGGCAGUACGAGCCUUUGCGGAGAGUCACAACCGAAUAGACCUGAUGGACAUGGCGGACCAGUAUGCCUGUGAGCACUUUACUGAAGUUGUGGAGUGUGAAGACUUCGUAAGUGUGUCACCCCAGCACCUCCACAAGCUUCUGUCCUCCAGUGAUCUCAACAUCGACAGUGAAAAGCAGGUCUACAGUGCUGCUAUCAAGUGGCUUCUUGCCAAUCCCCAGCAUCAUUCCAAAUGGCUGGAUGAGACACUUGCACAGGUUCGUCUGCCAUUAUUGCCAGUUGAUUUUCUUAUGGGUGUUGUGGCAAAAGAACAGAUUGUCAAGCAAAACCUAAAAUGUAGAGAUCUCUUGGAUGAAGCAAGGAACUAUCACCUUCAUUUGAGCAGCAAACCGGUCCCUGACUUUGAGUACACGGUCCGCACUACCCCAAGGAAGCAUACGGCUGGUGUGCUGUUCUGUGUAGGUGGUCGAGGUGGAUCUGGUGACCCCUUUCGUAGUAUUGAAUGCUAUUCUAUCAACAAAAACAGUUGGUUCUUUGGACCAGAAAUGAAUAGCCGAAGGCGGCAUGUGGGUGUGAUCUCUGUGGAAGGUAAAGUGUAUGCAGUGGGUGGACAUGAUGGAAAUGAGCAUUUAGGUAGCAUGGAGAUGUUUGAUCCUCUCACUAAUAAAUGGAUGAUGAAGGCGUCAAUGAACACCAAGAGGAGAGGAAUUGCUUUGGCCUCCUUAGGGGGCCCAAUAUAUGCAAUUGGAGGGUUAGAUGACAAUACUUGCUUUAGUGACGUGGAGAGAUAUGACAUCGAAUCUGACCAGUGGAGUACAGUGGCACCAAUGAACACUCCCCGUGGAGGCGUUGGCUCUGUGGCUUUAGUGAACCAUGUUUACGCAGUGGGUGGCAAUGAUGGAGUGGCCUCCUUAUCCAGUGUGGAGAGGUACCACCCACAUCUGGACAAGUGGAUAGAGGUCAAGGAAAUGGGUCAACGAAGAGCAGGCAAUGGUGUUAGUGAACUUCACGGCUGCCUAUAUGUUGUUGGUGGUUUUGAUGAUAACUCCCCUCUGAGUUCAGUUGAACGGUAUGACCCCCGAAGCAACAAGUGGGAUUAUGUGGCAGCACUCACGACUCCCCGAGGAGGAGUAGGCAUCGCAACGGUGAUGGGCAAAAUCUUUGCAGUUGGCGGUCACAACGGCAAUGCAUACCUAAACACAGUGGAGGCAUUUGAUCCAGUGCUGAAUAAGUGGGAGCUGGUCGGACCUGUGUCCCACUGCAGGGCUGGUGCCGGCGUAGCCGUGUGUGACUGUUUAACCAGCCAGAUCCGAGAUGUAGGUCACGGGUCCACUAAUGUGGUGGACUGUAUGUGACGUGAGUCCCAGCAGCAACUGUGCAACCACACGGGAUGCUCGGGAAGACAGCCAGCAUUUGAUACGGCCCCUCUGAUUUGCGCGUCGGCAGCUGUGGUGUGGGUACACCUUGUGGACCCAUGGCUGGAGAGUGGUAGUCACCAAGUGGUGUUUCCUGCUCUAGCACAUAAUGAAGCCGUCUGUCUUUGAACCCAUUCUUGUUCUGAAGACGUUUCAUGUAGUGCCAAACCUUAAAAUAGCUGUUUAUUUUGAUGAAUAAAAUUUAAUUUAUUGA